CAUUGAAUUUGGACAAUACAGUAUUGAAGACAGUAAGUCGAGUCUUUCUGAAAUUAUUGUUCAACUAUCAAAGGACUUUACUUAACAGUCCUCUAUCUGAUGUCAUCAUCAGUUUAUAGCUGGAAAACUUUGUAUUGUUUUGUGACCAUUCAUAAAUAUUUUCUGGUCAUGAGUAUUUUAAUUUUUCUUUAAAAGAUCAUUUUUAUUUUAUUCAUUCAAAUUUGAAACAAAAUUAACAUUACUAAAAAUAAUUCAGAUAAAAUUUCUAUGAUUUAAUAAUUAAAAUAAUUUUAACCAGAUUAAUGUUAUAUUUCUACUUUCAAAAUUGCGAGCUACUUCUGUUAUCGACUGUGUGCAUUCUACAUGUUGUUUCUCAACAUUUCCACAUCAAGAGAAAAAUAUUGAACCUCAAUGUGAAUAACCUAAAACUUAUAAUAAUUACUAAAUCUUAAACAUCUUAUUCGCUGUGAUUGCAUUGCAAAAUCAAAUAGUCAUUACAUAAAAAACUUUUUAUCGAGAAGAAUUAUCACUUAGAAUUGAGAGAAUUCUAUCAAUGAUUCAGAAAAGUCAACAUUUAUUAUGAGUUAUUAUAUUAGAAAACUGUUCAAUCGUAAUUAUCAAAAAUAUUUAGUCAGUGGAGUUGUAAUAAGUGGUUUUGUAUUAUUAAUUAAAUACGGCCAACAUAAAUUGGAACAAUGGCGAAAACAAGAGGUUCAACAAAUGCUCGUAAGAUCUAAAAGACGACAACACUUUGAAAGCAUAGAAAAAUCAUGUCACAAUACAAUUACUAAACUGUCAAAAUGUGUUAAAGUUUCUGUAUUAGAAACUCUAGAUAGUUCAUCUGUAAUUCAAGAUCUCAAAGAUGGUAAAUGUGAUAAAAUAGUCAGUUGGAAUAAAUUAAAGUUAUAUUCCUUCUGUCGAACAGUAGUAAUAAUUUAUGCAAAUACAAUACUUGCUAUUAUACUACGAAUUCAAUUAAGUUUGACAAGUGCUCAUAUGUUUAAACAAUCUCAAGAAAUCACUGAAACAUAUAGUAUCGAUAGUAUAGUUCAAGAACAAUAUUUGACAUUAUGUAGUUAUUUUGUAGAAGAUGGAAUUGGACACUUAAUUGGACUUGUAAAAGAAAAAGUUGAAGAAGUUAUUGGUGCUAUACCUCUGAUAGAGAAACUAGGUAUCAAAGAUUUGGAAGAUAAAUAUUGGAAAAUUACAUCUGUUAUAUCAGUAGAUAAAGAAAGGGAUCCAGUUAAAAAUUUAGCUAAAUAUGUACUUCCACCAUCAGUUCAAGAAACGAUGAAUCCAGCUUUGGAGAAACUAAUCAACUCAACUUUAGAUUUAUUAGAAAGUAAUGAAGUUCAAUCUUUGAUGCAGUCCAGCGUUCGAAGUGGAUUUGUUUUAAUAUUAGAUCGGCUAUCAAACAACUUUAUUAAUGUAGAUAUUAAGAAUGACCCUUUAACACCAGAAAGUACAAAUGGACACAUUUUUACAGAACUUAAUAACAUAAAAAUUCCUAUGGCUAAAAUAAUUCCUAUGCUUAAUCGACAAGUUGAUAAUUUUAAUAAUGAUGAUCUUCACAGUACAUGGAUUAAAACAUUGAUAGAAGAUGAAAAGUUAAGAAAUUUUGGAGCUAAUAUAUAUGAAGCUUUUAGUUUUUGAAUUCAAAAAUAUUUUUUGUUAUUAUGGUUUACAGGUAUUACCGAAUUCAACUUAUUUCUAGAUGACAUUUUUACAUGUAAAUAUGAAAGUAUUUUUCUUGAUUAUUAUUAUUAAGUAUAUUUUUUCAUCACACACGAUCAGUCAAUAUUUUUAUUUUUUUAUAGAGAGUAUAAUAAUCUAAAUACUUGUUAUGAAAAUGUACCUAUCAUAAAA